AGGAUCUUCAUCCCCAGGAAACACCGGCAGCGCUUUGAUGAGGUGGUGUCCCAGAGUCUCAUCAGCAAGCUCUGCCGAGCCAAGAGGGAGCAGCAGCCGGCCAACCGCCUGAGACGAAGCCGCAGUGAAGACCACCACGAGCGGCUGCUGGUCUCCACCCGGGCCAGCUCAGUGCCCCGGAGCCAGGAGGAGAAUUGCCUGAGCUUGAGAAAGUCCACUACCCUGAUUGGCAGCAAUGUGGGGACGGGGGCAGCUUGCAGAACCGUCCGCGUCUACAAGGGCAGUAGAAGUUUUGGGUUUACGUUACGUGGCCAUGCCCCUGUGUGGAUCGAGUCCAUCUUGUCUGGGAGCCCAGCUGACAAAGCAUCCCUGAAAGCUGGUGACAGAAUCUUGUUCCUGAAUGGCCUGGAUAUGAGGAACUGUUCCCAUGAGAAGGUGGUGUCCAUGCUCCAAGGCAGUGGGGCAAUGCCCACCCUUGUGGUUGAAGAAGGCAUUGUUAGCUUUUCCAGUGAUGGUGAGUCCUCAGAAGCACCCAGCUCCUCCUCAGCUCUCACCUCCUUGCAGUGGGUCGCUGAGAUCCUGCCCUCCAGCAUCAAGAUCCAAGGAAGGACCUUCCACCAACAGCUGGAACAUCUGCUCACACCAGCGGAGCGCUACACUGUCUGCAAAGCCCUGGAGAGUUUCUUCCAGCACAGGAACAUUGACACCUUGAUUGUGGAUGUCUACCCUGUCCUGGACACGCCCUCCAAGCAGGUGAUCUGGCAAUUCAUCUACCAGCUGCUAACCUACGAGGAGCAGGCCCACUGCCAGCAGAAGAUCGCCAGGUUCCUUGGCUACAAGUCCUUGGCAAGUGGGCCAUCCGAUGCUGCUGUAGCUGAACCCGAAGUAGAAGAACAGCCACCGAGUUCCCUACGGACUGGCCCAGGGAGUCGGAAGAGUCUGCGUAGCCAUAGCCCCAAGGACAGUGAAGCCCGGGGUUCUGCUGAAGCUGCUGAGAUGCCCAGCCGUUUAGCUCCUGGAGAACGCCAAGCAGGUGAUGGAACAUCUCUUCCAGAGACCCCCAACCCUCAAAUGAUGUCGGCAGUGUAUGCCGAGCUGGAAAGCCGCCUGACUGCUGGUUUAGGAGGGAAGCUGGGCCGCCUGCCUGUGUGCCGGACAGCAUCCCUGGCUUCAGAGCCUGCAGAUUGUGUUCUUCUGAAAAGGUGCAACCAGAAUCUUUCUGACUGCAUGAGAAUCGUGGUUGGUAAAGGCCAAAAUGCCUGGGGCAAAAGUUGGCAUGUUGUGCUUGCAGAUGGCAGAUUGUCACUUUCUGUAUUUUCUGCAGGUACCCGAAAAUCAGGAUUGACUAUUUCCUGGCAGAAUGAUCCCGGCUUGCAGCCUUGCUAUUAUCGCUCGCUUGGUGGCCUCCCUUCUCCCUGCAGCACAGAUUCGAACCCCUACGUCAGCCUGGACAGCAGCCCAGCCUUGUCGCCUAAGCUGAGCCCCCUGUCUCGCCGGAGGAAGCUCUUCACCUUCUCGCGGCCGCCACACAGCCGGGAUACGGACCGCUUCCUAGAUGCAUUAAGCGAGCAGCUGGGCCAUCGCAUCACCCUGGUGGACGACUUCUUGAUGCCUGAGAAUGAUUAUGAGGAGAUGAGUUUCCAUGAUGACCAAGGCAGCUACAUGGCCAAUGACCGCAGCAGUGCCAGCGACGGCUUGAGCAGCAGCGAAGGGAGUUCCCUGACCUACUCCAUCUUGUCAGACCACCUCCCCCCACCUCCAAUCAGCCCACCCCCUAGACCUCCGCAGUUCCGGGCCCCCCAGGAAGAGCCCAGGGCCAUGGAGGCAGUCCAGAGUGCUCCCUCUGGCCCACAUCCCACAUCCCUGCUCCCCCUCCCUCCUCCCCCUCCACCCCUUCCCCCUCCUCCCCCGAUGCCCUGUGUGCCCCCUCCAAUGCUACACGGAAGUAUCCACCGCAGGAGCGAGUCCAGCCACAUGAGUGUUAAGCGGCUGCGCUGGGAGCAGGUGGAGAACUCGGAAGGCACCAUCUGGGGCCAGCUCGGGGAGGACUCGGACUAUGACAAGCUAAGUGACAUGGUGAAAUACUUGGACCUCGAGCUGCAUUUUGGAACUCAGAAGCCAGCGAAGCCGAGCCCCUUGCCGGAGCCCCUUAAAAAAAAGCAUCUGGUUGAGAUUCUGUCCCACAAAAAGGCCUACAACACAGAUUACCAGCUGUCUGCAAGGAGUAUAAAUCCUUCUAUUUCCUGCCCUCCAGUCAGAGCUGAAGAAGCUUCUUGGAUGAGAAGGAAAAAACCCCAGAAAGUCCAGUUGCCUCCUGAAAAAGCACCUUUGGGACAACCAGGACCUGGAUGACGGAGAAUCUCCAUAGACCUUCUUUUCCUUCUCUUCCAGAUGCUUUUGGUGCCUGAAUAUAAAACCCGCCUGUGCAGCCUUCACUUCAAGACAACCCUGCAGGAGAAGGUGGAGGAGAUUACGGCCAGCUAUGAGUGCAUCUGCAAUGCUUCCCUGGAACUGAAGAACAGCAAGAAACUGGCCAAAAUCUUGGAGGUCGUUGUGGCUGAGGGAGGCUACAUGCACAGUGUGGACUGGAAUUACCCUGUCACUGAUCAGUGUUGUUUUUUUUCUCUUUUGGCUUUAUUCUAGCUGAACACAACGAAAACAGUCGAUGGGAAAUCCACGUUUCUGCAUAUUCUUGCCAAAUCGCUUAGCCAACAUUUCCCAGAGCUCCUGGGCUUUGCCAGGGAUUUGCCCACAGUGCCACAUGCUGCCAAAGUGAAUCAGAGAACAUUAACAGCUGACCUCAAUGACAUUCAUCGCACUGUCCACGAGAUUGAAAUCGCCUGCCAGAAUAUGGUGCCUUCAUCACCUGAGGACAGAUUUGUGUCUGUGAUGGAUGCCUUCCUGGAGAGUGCAGAUCCCACCAUCCAGUCCCUGGACGAUCUCCAGCACAAAGCCGUGGAAGAAUUCAGGAAAGUCUUGUCCUUCUUUGGAGAAGACUCCAAAGUCACAACCUCUGAGGAUUUUUUUGGCAUUUUUGCUGAGUUCAUGAGCAAAUUUGAGCGGGCCUUCAACGAUGUGCAGGCCAAUGAGCCCUUGUGCAGCCCGAAGAUGAUCCCUUCUCUUGCCUGGUGACUAGAGGGUUGGAGGAAGACUGCAGCACGGUGCUUUCAUGCCCCCAGUUGGGCUGCUGUGGGUCCAGUCUGGCGGCCACUGCAAAGGAAGUUUCUUCUUGGAGACCAGCCUUGGACGUGUCUGUGCCCAUUUCAAUGGAAACUGCCUUCAAAAAAAGAGGGGGGGGCUAGCUGCAGAUUUCCACACACUUCUCCGCACCAGAGACAUUUUUCCCCCCACAGGGAUAUUAAACUUGAGUGCUUGAAUUCAAGGUGUAAAGAGGCAUGGACAAACUGCCCCAGUUUUCCUCUUACUUUUCAUGGCCUUUCUGGGAAUCCCUUUAUUUCAGGGAGCCGUCACCAAGCCUGCAGGUGGCAUUUGGGAACAGUCGACCUGUCCUGGGGCUGCCUAGUGCUCCAAAGGAAAAACAGCACGACAAGAUCCCUUUGCUCCGAAAGGAACGGAUUUACUCCCUUCUCCUGCCUCCUGGUCUUCAGGCGUCCACACCGGUGGUUGCAAAGGCAGCCAGUGAAUCUUUUGUUCCAGUCAGUUUUCUCGGGAAAACAGAUCCCUAAAGGCAGUGACCCACGUGGGCAGGAUGGGGGCUGGAGCCCGCUCUCUCUAGAGCCGAAUGGCAGCAAAAGCGGGGAAGUGCCCUCACCCUACCCAGCAUCCGGUGCCCGUUUCAUACCAGCUUCUUCUCUGCUGUCUCUCGGUCAAAAGUCUGGGAGCAGAAUAGCUUUUAUUUAUGUUUUGGCUACUUGAUUUGUUGGGUUGCCAACUCAGAAUUCCUUGAGGAGUUCAAAGCAGCUUGUGUGAGGAACACCCUAACUUUUAUCCCCAAGCAGUGACCCUUUUUUAAAAAUUAUGCAUUUUCCUUUAUAAUACAUCACAUUUUCAAUUUUACAAUGACAGUCCAUCUCUUUCCUUCUCCUUCCCUCCAUUCUCCCA